AUAGACCUUUGGCUGACGUCAAGAGGGAGUUGAACAGAAACCUUAAGUCAGUACAUGACCAGCCGGGCUCUGGUUCGUACGUCGGUCUGUGUGCGGCCAGCAGUAACAUCCUGGUUGAUCAGGCCCUGAUUCGCCAGGAAGCCUGGUUAUGGACCUGGCCACGAGGACGUUGACCCUCGGAAUACCCUCCAGAAACCACUCGUUCCUUUCCUCUGAACACAAUUUUCCAGCAACACCAGCAUCAAGACAAAUAACCCUUCGGGUUGUUACAUUUCCCAGCGCAACCAACUGCUCCAGGAAACAGUACAACUCGCAGAUUAAAAAGCACAAGGGUGUUAGUAACCCAACGAGGGACUUGUACCCGUGUAGGCUGUGGCGUGAGGUUAACCUCCAGGACCCCCGCUGGCCUCCACUCCUCACCCCGAGUAACGGAUCCAUCCUCAAGAGUCUUCCAGUCCAACACCACGACUCUCAGAUUCAGAGUUUGAUAUCCGAGCAGAUGGAGGUGCAAAAGGAGCGAGUGGCUCGGCUAACUAAAACUUGUCUCUCACAUCCUGAAAUAGCCAUUCGUCAAUAUACAAACCUGGUGUGGGACACAUCUAGGACACCUCCUGUGAUUUAUUGUCCUAUUUAUAAGGUGGCAUCAACAACCUGGAUGGUGUAUUUCUUGCGUCUGGCGCAUGUAAAUGAUCACAACACAGCCUUAGAC